AUGAUAGUGCAUUUGAUACUCUUAUUUGUUGGCCUUGUGUCAUUGGGACAAACAUCUAUUCUUCAAUGUAAUUUCGAAACACCUUGUCAAGACUUUACUCUUGAUCGUAAUUGGGGUGUGACUGAUGGACUUCAUCCAUUACCCAUUGAUCAUGAUCAUACAUUGAAUACAACAUCUGGUCAUUAUGUAUUUUAUAAUCCACAAAGUUCACCAAAAUUCCAAUUAGCAGAGAUUAAAACAAACACUUGGUUAGAAUUACCAACUGAUCGAGCUGUGUGUUUUCAAAUGUGGUAUUAUACAUCUUCUCUUGACUUUCCAUUUAAUAUUCAACUUGUACAAGGUAACGAUGAACAACUAACACGAAUUGUAGCUUCUAUUCCUGGUAAAGAUCCGUCAAUAAAUGAUUGGACACAAAUUAAAAUUACAUUACCAGCUGAAAAGUUUAAAGUAUUUAUUCGAUUGAAUACUACAACUGGAUCAUUAGCUUUCGAUGAUUUUUUAGUUGAUUAUUGUGAUGAACCGCAUCCACCACCAUCAAAAACAUUAUUUUCUUGUGAUUUUGAAUCAUCUUGCAUCGAUGAUUUUAUUUCUCUAUCGGAUUAUCCAUAUCAAUGGUCAGUUAUUCAAGCAAGUGAUGCUAUUAAAAAAGAAAGUGAUGCACCUUCUAUUGAUAAUACAUUUGGUAAUGCAUCAGGACAUUAUGCGUGGUUAGCUAAUUAUAAUUUGAUUGAACCAGGAAAAGUUGGAUAUUUAGCCAUGAAAAAACCUAUUCAUAUCACUUCAGAUGAAUCAUUUUGUCUAAAUCUUAAUUAUUAUUUGUAUGGUCGAGCGACAUCAAGUAAUCUUUUAGUUUAUACUUGGACAUCAGGGGCAUCUGAUGAAUUGCAAGUUAUUUGGCCAAAUCGAAAUUCUGGACAUGCCAUAUACACAAAAAAUCAAUGGAAUUGGGGUAUUAUAAAUCUACCUAUUGGUGAUUACACAAUUCUUUUUCGAAUGGACAGUACUGAUAUUAUUCAAAGCUCAUUUGCUUUGGAUGACAUUAAAAUAACUUCAUGUGCUUAUCCACCAACACAAUUAUUACCGUACAAUUCGAUAUUAUCCUUUGUAUGUAAUUUUGAUGAUUUAACAAUAUGCAAUAUGGCCAAUACUGAUGAUUUUAAACCACCUUCAUUCAAUUUUAGUGUAGUUACGGGUGAUACUGUACCUAAUAAAGAAUUAGGACCUAAUCGUGAUCAUACUAGCAAUUCUUCAUCUGGUGGUUUUGUCUAUUGGAAUCAACAACUACCAUUUACUUCAAGUGAUACUGGUUUUAUUCGCCCAGAAAAAAGAAUCGAACAAAAUUUCGGUAUGUGUAUUCGAUUUGCUUAUUAUGUCAAAUCAUCGACAAUGAAUAAAAAUGGAACAACAUUAUUGUUAAGAGCAGGUGGAUGUUACGGAAAAGAAAUGUGGACUAAUUCGUUGGAUGAUAGUUUAGGAUGGCAAGUAGUAAUGAUACCUGUUGAAAAAUAUGCUUGUAUGGAAAGAUUCUAUUUUCGUGUGACUCAAACAGUACCAGUUGCCGUCUCAGUUGCUUUUGAUGAUAUUGAAAUCGCUCAAUGUCCUUCAUUUGAUCCAACGACAACUACAACUAUAUCAACAUCAAUACCAACAACUUUCACUACUCAAACUACGACGAUAAGCACGAUUAUCAGUACAUCAACAAUACAAACAACUACUUCAUCAUUAUCCACAACAAGUGAAAUGUCAACAACAACAACAACAACAACAACAUCAUCUACAUCAAGCAAAGCUGUACACUUACUAGCUGUAGUAUUUUGCAAUCCAACUCAAGCAGGUUCUAUUGUUAGUCCAGGCAACAAUCUUAGAAUUAUAAUCACCAUUGAUGAGCGUUUAAAAACAAAAUGCAAGACUGCUUAUUGUUUUACACAAUGUGUAACUGAAAUCAAAACUGAUAUACAAUCGAAAUUUGAAUCGACUUCAUUUACUAUUGUAACAAAUCUUGGAUCACAUAUAGGUUCAUCUCAAUUUUACGCAUUUGUUCAAGUUAUGCCAGGCGAUAAUCCAGUACGAUUAGAAUUCGAAGGAGAAAAAAGAAAUAUUUAUUUCUCGGAAUUGAAUUCAUUUGAUCAACUUAGAAUUUGGUGGGUGAUGUCUUCAACAAGCGUUUGUGUAUGGCUUUUAUUUAUAGUUAUAAAACAAAUAAUUGGAGAAAAUACAGGAUCAUUAAUAGUGUCUUUAUUACCUGAUUCUAAAUUUCAAUGCGCUAAUACAACAUGUUUAGCAUUCAUUAAUGUUAUCAAAUCAAAUAUUAGGAAUUGUCAAGUAGCCUGUUUAACUCAAAGUCAAUGCAGAGCAGCAACUUUUCAUCGAUCAACUUCUAAUUGUGAAUUAUUUGAUGAUAUGUUGAAUCAAAAUGGAAAUAUGUUAGCUGAUCUCGAUGCUACUAGUAUGAAUGUUAUUAGUGGAACACGAUUUCCAUCGGAACCGACUACGACAUCAACAUCAACAACAGCAUCAACAAUAUCCACAACAACAUCAUUAACAACCACUUCAACAACAUUAACAACCACUUCAACAACAUUAACAACAUCAUCAACAACUUCGACAACAUCAACAUCAGCAACUUCAACAUCCACGACAACAUCAACAUCAACAACUUCAACAUCAUCCACAUCGUCAACAACAUCAACAACAGCAACCACAACUACUACUUCUUCAUCAACGUCAUCCACAUCGUCAACAUCAAAAACAACCUCAUCAUCAACAUCAACAACAACGUCAUCAACUACAACAUCCACAACAACAUCAUCAACAUCAACAACAACGUCGUCAUCAACAUCAUCCACAUCGUCAACAACAUCAACCACAACAACAAGAACUACUACUUCAUCAUCAACAACAUCCACAUCGUCAACAACGUCAGCAACAACAACAACAACAGCCGGUCAGUAA